CAGCGGGCGGAGCAGCAGCGACACCGCCCGGCCGCUUGCUCUGAUCGCGGGGCGCCUGCAGGGCGUGCGGUUGCUCGGUAACGCGGGAGGACGCGCCGUGCGAGCGGGCUGGUACGAAUGGAGUCUCAAUACCUGAAGAGUUGCCUGGGAGAUUGCUUGAAAAAGGGUCUGGCAGAGGUUGUGGAGCGUCAGCCUGCAGACCCCAUAGAGUACCUGGCACACUGGAUUUACAAUUACAAGAGAAAUCUAGAUGAAGAAAAAAAGAGAACGUUGGAAAGGAUUGAACUGGAAAAAGAACAGCAGGCAGCCCUGGAAGAACUUGAAAUGUUAAAAAAAAUGAAGGAAGAAGAGCUGAUGAUACAACAGAGAUUUGAAGAACAACGACAGGAACAAGAACGGGAGAAGUUGAAACUGCAGAACGAAGAAGAGAAAAUGCAGCUGCAGCAGCAGGAUCCCAAGACGACAGCUGAACUUACAGAUAGAGCAGGAGCACCUAAUUUGUCCAGUGCUGAGGAACUAGAUGAGAAUGGACUGUCUGAGAUUGCAACUGAUUUAAUGCCAGAGUUUGAACAAGAAAGUUCCAUCUGAUCUGAAAGCAGUAAAAGCUAUUUCUACUCAUUACUAGCCAGCCCUGAAGAGCUAUGCCUUAAUUAGUGUACUUUGUACAGAAAACUGAUUAUACACAUACCUGUU